UCCCUUUCCGGUAACUUCCGCGGCAGCGCACGAGCGGGGCGGGGUCACGUACGCGUCCGGAGGAAGUGACGGGGCGCGGCAGGGCCCAAGAGUGGCGCGCGCCCGCGCUCUCGCACACUCUCGCUCCCACAGUCGUCUUUCCGCAGCCGAUUUUGUACCGACUCGCGGUCGAGCGUAAGACGUGCAGUGACGUGAAGCAGCUCCGCGCCACCCAGCAGGCCACAGCCGUUUCGGAGCUCGAAACUCUUAAAAUGGCAGAGCAACUUUCUCCAGGAAAGACGACAGACCAGGUGUGCACCUUUCUUUUCAAAAAGCCUGUGCGAAAAGGGGCUGCAGGCCGCAGAAAGCGCCCAGUCUGCGACCAAGAGUCCGGAGACAGCAGCAGCAGCAGUGACGAAGGCAACACUGUGGUCCGCCCGGAAAAGAAGCGGGCGACCCACAAUCCGAUGAUACAGAAAACCCGUGGCAGUGGUAAACAGAAGGCGGCUUACGGCGACCUGAGUAGCGAGGAGGGAGAGGGGGAGAACGAGCCCGAGAGCCUCGGCGUGGUCUAUAAGUCCACUCGCUCGGCGAAACCCGUGGGGCCAGAGGAUAUGGGGGCGACUGCUGUCUACGAACUAGACACAGAGAAGGAACGUGACGCGCAAGCCAUCUUUGAGCGCAGCCAGAAGAUCCAGGAGGAGCUGAGGGGCAAGGAAGAUGACAAGAUCUAUCGGGGAAUCAAUAAUUAUCAGAAAUACAUGAAGCCUAAGGAUACGUCUAUGGGCAAUGCUUCCUCCGGGAUGGUGAGGAAGGGCCCCAUCCGAGCUCCCGAGCAUCUGCGUGCCACCGUGCGCUGGGAUUACCAGCCCGACAUUUGUAAGGACUACAAGGAGACUGGUUUUUGCGGCUUCGGAGACAGCUGCAAAUUCCUCCAUGACCGUUCAGAUUACAAGCAUGGGUGGCAGAUCGAACGUGAGCUUGAUGAGGGUCGCUAUGGUGUCUAUGAGGACGAAAACUAUGAAGUGGGAAGCGAUGAGGAGGAAAUACCAUUCAAGUGUUUCAUCUGUCGCCAGACCUUCCAAAACCCAGUUGUCACCAAGUGCAGGCAUUAUUUCUGCGAGAGCUGUGCGCUGCAGCAUUUCCGCACCACCCCGCGCUGCUAUGUCUGUGACCAGCAGACCAAUGGCGUCUUCAAUCCAGCGAAAGAAUUGAUUGCUAAACUGGAGAAGCAUAGAGCUGCAGAAAAGGGUGGUGCUUCCGAUUUCCCAGAAGACCCCGAUGAGGGUCCAAUUCCCAUUACUUAAUUUUCCCAUUAUUCUCGAAUCUCAAAAUAAAUGUUUUGUUGUUUUGGAAAUCUUAA